GGUUUGAGUGUGACACCUGGCAGGACUGCAGGGAGGUUUAGAAUUGUCUAGGGACCAGGAAGGUGGGGCGACUGGACUUCUCUUCCGCUGCGGGCGGCGGCGGGAGGCUCGUGGCCCGCAGGGGGCGCUGCAGCGCCGUCCCGCCGCCGGCCGCCCAGGCCGCCCACCCCGCGGGCGCGCCUCUCUGCAGUCCAGCGCCGCCCGGGCCGGGACCGGCUCGCUCCGAGCGCUCACACUUCUCCGCCGGACAGAGGACGCCGCCCGCUCCGGGCCGCCCCUGUGCUCGCUUGCAGCGCCCGCUCAGCUCACGGCCCUCGGCCCGGCGCCGCGUCGCGCCCGCGUUCCCCCGCGGAGCUCCGGCCCCCGGGAGCUUCUCCGCCGUCGGCGGACCCUGAGGCCCCGCUGCCGGCACGCUCGGCGCCCUGCUCGCGGGGCACAGGGGAGGGCGGCGGCCGGCUGGGGAUGGGCGGCCCGGCGGCGCGGAGGGGCGCCGGGCGGCUCUGCGCGCUGUUCCUGGCGCUGGUGGCCGCGGGGACUCCCGCGGGCGCAUACAAUCUCGACCCGCAGCGCCCGGUGCGCUUCCAGGGUCCCGCCGGGUCCUUCUUCGGCUACGCGGUGCUGGAACACUUCCACGACAACACGCGCUGGGUCCUUGUGGGUGCACCAAAGGCAGAUUCCAAGUACAGCACUUCAGUGAAGUCCCCUGGGGCUGUGUUUAAGUGCCGAGUCCACACCAACCCUGACCGAAGAUGCACUGAACUGGAUAUGGCUCGAGGGAAGAAUCGGGGCAUGUCCUGUGGAAAGACCUGCCGGGAAGACCGAGAUGAUGAAUGGAUGGGGGUGAGCCUGGCCCGGCAGCCCAAGGCUGAUGGCCAAGUGCUGGCCUGUGCCCACCGCUGGAAGAACAUCUACUACGAGACAGACCACAUCCUGCCCCACGGCUUCUGUUACAUCAUCCCGUCCAACCUCCAGGCCAAAGGCAGGACGCUGAUCCCUUGCUAUGAAGAGUAUAAGAAGAAGUACGGGGAGGAACACGGCUCCUGCCAGGCCGGGAUCGCAGGCUUUUUCACCGAGGAGCUGGUGGUCAUGGGUGCCCCUGGGUCAUUUUAUUGGGCUGGGACAGUCAAAGUGCUGAACCUCACAGACAACACCUACUUCAAACUGAAUGACGAAGUGAUCAUGAACAGGAGGUACACUUACCUGGGCUAUGCAGUUACUGCCGGCCACUUUUCUCACGUGUCCACCACCGAUGUGGUAGGAGGUGCCCCGCAGGACGAUGGCAUCGGGAAGGUUUAUGUUUUUAGAGCUGACCGAAGAUCAGGCACCUUAAUUAAGAUUUUUCAGGCAUCAGGUAAAAAGAUGGGCUCUUACUUCGGGUCCUCCUUAUGCGCAGUUGACCUCAACGCAGACGGCCUCUCUGACCUGCUUGUGGGGGCCCCCAUGUUUUCUGAGAUCAGGGACGAAGGUCAGGUCACCGUCUACAUCAACAGAGGAAACGGAGCCCUCGAGGAGCAGCUGGCCCUGACUGGGGAUGGUGCCUACAAUGCACACUUUGGGGAGAGCAUCGCCAGCCUGGGCGACCUUGAUGACGACGGGUUCCCAGAUGUGGCCAUUGGUGCACCCAAGGAGGACGACUUUUCGGGUGCCGUGUACAUCUAUCACGGCGAUGCUGGAGGGAUGGUCCCUCAGUACUCCAUGAAACUCUCGGGGCGGAAGAUAAGUCCAGUUCUGCGGAUGUUUGGUCAGUCCAUAUCAGGAGGCGUUGAUAUGGAUGGAAAUGGCUAUCCUGAUGUCACUAUUGGAGCCUUCAUGUCUGACAGUGUGGUCCUCCUCAGGGCGAGACCUGUCAUCACGGUGGAUGUCACCAUCCUCCUUCCCGCCUCCAUCAACAUCACAGCACCUCAGUGUCAUGACGGCCAGCAGCCUGUGAACUGCCUGAAUGUCACCGUCUGCUUCAGCUUCCACGGCAAGCAUGUUCCGGGAGAAAUAGGUCUGAAUUAUGUUCUGACGGCUGAUGUGGCCAAAAAAGAAAAGAGCCAGUUGCCCAGGGUCUACUUUGUGUUGCUGGGAGAGUCCGUGGGUCAGGUCUCAGAGAAGCUGCAGCUGGUCCACUUGGAGGAGACAUGUCAUCACUAUGUGGCCCAUGUGAAGCGGAGGGUGCAAGACGUCAUCAGCCCCAUCGUGUUCGAAGCCGCCUACAGCCUGGGCGAGCACGUGACGGGCGAGGAGGAGAAGGAGCUGCCGGCCCUGACGCCCGUGCUCCGCUGGAAGAAGGGACAGAAGAUUGCCCAGAAGAAUCAGACCGUGUUUGAAAGGAAUUGCCGGUCCGAGGACUGUGCCGCCGACCUGCAGCUUCAGGGUCACCUCUUACUCUCCAGCAUUGAUGAAAAAACCCCGUAUCUAGCCCUUGGGGCUGUGAAGAACAUAUCCCUAAACAUCUCCAUCUCCAACCUCGGGGACGAUGCCUAUGAUGCCAACGUAUCCUUCAACGUUUCCCGGGAGCUCUUCUUCAUCAACAUGUGGCAGAAGGAGGAAAUGGGCAUUUCCUGUGAACUGCUGGAGUCAGACUUCCUCAAAUGCAGCGUGGGAUUUCCUUUCAUGAGGUCAAAGUCAAAGUAUGAAUUCAGCGUCAUCUUUGAUACAAGCCACCUGUCUGGGGAAGAGGAAGUUCUUAGCUUCAUUGUUACUGCUCAGAGUGGCAACGUUGAGCGCUCCGAGUCCCUGCAUGACAACACCCUCAUGCUGACGGUGCCGCUGAUGCACGAGGUGGACACAUCCAUCACUGGAAUCACGUCUCCAACCUCCUUUGUGUAUGGCGAGUCUGUGGAAGCAUCCAACUUCAUUCAGCUGGAUGACCUGGAGUGUCAUUUCCAGCCCCUCAACGUCACCCUUCAGGUCUAUAACACUGGGCCAAGCACCCUUCCUGGGUCAUCUGUCAGCAUCUCUUUCCCCAAUCGCCUGUCACCCGGAGGAGCAGAGAUAUUUCAUGUCCAGGAGAUGGUGGUGGGCCAAGAGAAAGGAAACUGCUCUUUCCAGAAGAACCCAACUCCCUGCAUCAUCCCUCAGGAACAAGAAAAUAUCUUCCAUACAAUAUUUGCUUUUUUCACAAAGUCGGGAAGAAAAGUCUUGGACUGUGAAAAACCAGGAAUUUCUUGCCUAACACUGCACUGUAACCUUAGUGCACUCACUAAAGAAGAAAGUCGUACUAUAGACAUUUACAUGCUGCUCAACACAGAAAUACUGAAGAAGGACAGUUCCUCUGUCAUCCAGUUCAUGACCCGUGCCAAGGUGAAGGUGGACCCUGCCCAAAGGGUGGUGGAGAUGGCAAGUGGGAACCCGGAGGAGAUGACGGUGGUCUUUGAGGCGUUGCACAACCUGGAGCCCCGAGGCUACGUCGUGGGCUGGAUCAUCGCCAUAAGCUUGCUGGUGGGGAUCCUCAUCUUCCUGCUGCUGGCCGUGCUGCUCUGGAAGAUGGGCUUCUUUCGCAGAAGGUACAAAGAAAUUAUCGAAGCUGAGAAGAACCGGAAAGAGAAUGAAGACAGUUGGGACUGGGUCCAGAAAAACCAGUGACCUGCCACUGCCGUCCCGUGACCCAGUCGUUCGCCUGUCGUCCCGAUCUUUGUAUCUUCCAUAUUUGGAAGAAAGAAUCUUCUCCAGAUUUUUCGGAGGCCCCACUGAUGCUGUUCUUGUCCUCAUUCUCUCAAGCCCAGGUGCCAACCUGAGGCAGCCACUUCGGCCAGGUCACCUGACUGGAACCACCACCACUUGCUUUUCAGGCUGAACUCGGAACUUUGGAAAGCCCGCUGCAGAGCUGGGUACUAUUUAUGGAGGCAACACGUGUGGUCAACCCUCAGGGGAAAACUGUUACCUAAAAGUAUUUUUAUAAAUAUAAGCCUUUUAUACUGAUUAUGUCUUUAUAUUUGUAUCAAUGUUUUAUUAUUUCUAUUAAAUGGUUAUAUAAUUCACUCAAGCACUGAUAUCUGGCCUGAAAUCUUGGAAAUACAUGGAAGUUCAUACAAGUGUUAAAGGAGAAAGAUCUUACUGUACUUUGGAACUUGCUGUUAAAAAAGACUCACCCGUGAAAUAAUUGGAAGACACCUCAUGUGAUGAAUCCCAGUGGGAGGUGCUGUGGCUGUGGCUGACCCCAGAACAUUUAACAGCUUUGUUGCCUGGAGUCGAGUGUGAAGAAAUGUGCUAAAGAACCAUGAGUGGUGGUUUCUUUUUUUCAUGCGUACCUUUCAUUGGAAGAUUCCCAGCAGGAAUUUGGAUGGAAAACCCUGAUUUCUGAGGUCUGCUGUGCAUCACCUCAUACAGCACACAUUUCACCCUCUUUCCACUCGGAUUAAGACCUGAAAGCUUGGAGCAAUGCCAGUCAGUCAUCUGGUAAACCUCAGAAUGGCGUCUCAUCCUGGACAUCAUGCCUCAGAGUCCACACACCACAAGGACUCCAUCAGUGCCCACCAAGCAGAGACUCGUGUCUGAAUGCUGGGAUGUGUUGCCUUUUUAUGGUAAUUUGAGUCUGGAGGUCUCCCUUUUUUCUAUCACUCUUGCUGUCCCAGCUAAUGGUAAUUGCAGAGUCCUUCUCAGAGAUAACCAUUCAACCUGUGCUUCUGUUUUUUGUUGUUUUUUUUUUUUAAAUCAUGUCUUAGGUAGGAUUUUUAAGAGGUAGGCUCUGAGAGAAGGAUCUUCAUGCAAUAACUUAUUAAGGAAGUGUCCCCUGGGCCCCCUAGGAAAGACAUGAGGGAGGAAAGACAGGGAAGGGAAGAAGCCAGGGAAGGGAGCCCUUUCAGGACAGGUCCUGUGCAGAGGAGCUUCAGCCUGAUCCCACAGCAGCGGCUCGUGAGGGUCAGUUAUGCCUCAGAGUUGUCCCAAACCGGGGCAAGGGAGCUGAGCUUUCAUAGCCUUGCACCCAAAGAAGAUGUAAACUUCCUGCUUCCCAUUCCUGCGGGCAAAAUGGAGCCGUAGCUCAGGAGCAGCCCUCAAAAAGAGCACUGCACCCCCAAGCUGGGAGGCACACAGAAAUGAUGCAAAAGAAAUGAUCCGAAGAGUCCUGAGCAUAGCAUUGACGUCCUCGCCCGUCCCUUGCACAAGUGAAUGCUGAGCGAUGGCCUUUGCUAUCCAAGCUCUCUGUUGGACAGUGUUUAUGACCAACUCAGUGCUGCUAGUUUUGAGUGCAGUGUGGUUCUCUGAAAGGAUGUAACUGGCUCAGUACCAUGCCUGGCCCCUAGUGAACCCUCAGUAAGAGCAGCUCUGGCUGUUGUUCCCACUGCUGAAAGGCCAUCUGGCACGAGAGAAAACGUGCCUGAGAGUGAGUCUUACAGAGUCCUUAGUGACAUAUCUCGGCUUGCUCAAGCCCUCAGUACAACCAGAUGGCAUCAGAUGGAAAUGAAACAAGAACUAAGACCAGGGGUCUUGCUUACAGAGUCUUGUUGACUGGGCGCUAACAUGUUGGGGGCCAGUGAACAUUGUUGCAAAGACACAGAACUUGACUUCGGGGAGACAAGUUUUUCUCUACACUUUCUUGGCUAAUAUGUGCAAAGAUUUCUAAAGUUUUGGCAGUUAUGAGGGUGCCAGGCGGUUGCAAACUGGCAGGGAACAUGUGUGUCUUUUUGUUUCUUAAACAGUUGACUCUGAUACAGGAAGAUAGAAUGCAUCAUGCUUCCCUUCCUGGUGAACAUGGUAAUAGACAAAGGCCAAAGGGUCAAGGGCAUGAACUAGGCUGGUCUUGGAAUGAAGGCAGAAGUGUUGCUUUUCACAGAGGGACAGAGAUCCAGAGGUAGCGACAGGCAGAUGCAGGCGAGGAAACCAGUUCUCAGAGUACAUCUGUGAGUUUUAUCAAAAGCAGUAAAAUCCAUCUGAGUGGGUUUUUUCACUCACUUAACAGAUAUGUAUGGGGCCCCUGCUGUGCAGCAGGCAUUGUGCUAGGUAUUAGAGGUUCCCCAGGGAACACUGCGGGCACAUUUUCCCCAGGGGGGAGGAAGACCUUCCCACAGCGGGGCAUAGAGCGGUUCCUUUACGAGCUCUCAUUUGCAAGCUUUCCUUUGGUGGAUUCUCCCUCAUUGUGUCAUGUUGUCCUUUCAUGAAUCGUUUAGGAUUCUUAGGUGGUAGGCCUGGGACAGCUCUGUCAGCAGCUUUGGCCAGUUGCAUUAAUAGCCACUAACCCACCUCCUGCAAGGGAUGCAGACGCAUUGGUGAGAGCGUAGCAGGGUGACCCGCAUGCCCACGGCUCUGCCAACCAGAUUUAGGGAAGGGCAGGCUCAAGAGGGAGUCUCAGAGCUGGGAUCCAUGUGGUUUUGGCCGAUUCUGAGUGGAAGACACACUUGAGUGGUCACCUACCCAGGAGAUGAAGGAGGCUUCAUAGGGCAGUUUAAAAAAAAUCCUACCUGGCAUCCCUCAGAGUAAAUAUUGGCAGGCUCUCUGGGACCCAUUUGCAGAAGGUGGUACCUCUGCUUAUCUCUUGAUGCUGAGCAGCAGGCAGGGCUGCAGGACUAGGGGAGUGGACCAUUUAGCACAGAGGUGGAGAGGGAGGUCAAGCAGGUUGUCAGCACUCACUCCGCUUGGCCAGUUCACCUGCUCCAUCCAGCUCAGAAGCCGGCUCUCAGGUGAGCAGACAGGAUGGGUUGUUGUGUCUCUGUUCCCUCUCCAGAAAGUUCUUUGCAAAUGCCUUCCAGUUUCCAUCUCCCCUGCUUCUGUGGGUUAUCUGCUGAAUCCUAUCCAAAUGUUCUCUUGCACAGCAUUAUUUAGGUCAGCUUCAACUUUUGGUUGUGUAUUCACUAGGGUUUUAAUCAACUGUCAGAAGGAUGGAGAUGCUUUUUAAAUAUGAAAAAGGACCUUUAUAGAAAUUAAGUGAAAUAAUGCCCACCUUUUCAAAAAUUAUUUGCUGGAGUGCCCACUGUGGUGCAAUGGAUGAUCAGCAGUGUCUCUGGAGUGCUGGGAUGAAAGUUCAUUCCCCAGCCCAGCACAGUGGGUUAAGGAUCCAGCAUGGCCGCACCUGCAACCUGGGUCGCAACUAUGGCUUGGAUCUAAUCCCUUGCCUGGGAACUCCAUAUGCCACAGGGUGGCCAAAAAGUUUAAAAAAAUUAUUUUCUCACACUCAGUUUACAUGGGAGUAAGUGAGGAGUUUAAGUGACCCUAGACGCAUCACAAAGAAGAGGCCGUGAGGUUCAGGAAUGACAGGAUGCUAGUGGAAGUGAGUGGGCCCAGUGGCUUUAUGGUAACUGACAGGCACAUGUCCGGAAUCACUUGUCACUGAGGUCACUAAGGCAUUCUCAGUUCUUCAGGAAAAUUCCAUCAGCAUCACCAACCCAUCAGCAUUCUGAAGCUGGGUGAGCUUUGUAGAAAGUCCAACAGAAAGUCCUCCUCUAUAUGUAGACUUCAGCCCUAGAGCCAGUGGCAAGGUGGUUCAAAACAAAUCCAGCGGGCCUACCAGAAACAUCCAGGACCGGUUUUCAGUGUGGAAGUGGAGUAGAUCCCUUAGGUGUAUGUGAUGGCGCUGCAUGUUCCCUGUGGAACCCCAACAUAGUCACUUGUAAAAAGCUUAUUCUACUUUUAUUUUUGGCUAAGGCCAUGCCAGGCGAAUGCAGUUAUGCACAGGGUACAUGGAAAACCUAUACCUGAUUCAGACUUCCCAAAAUUUAGAGGCAAGGCAAAGGAUUGGUAUUUGGGGGAAAUGGCCCUUCAGCAGCAAAAAGGCAUGCCCCUUAGAAAUGCUCCAAGCAUGCAGGGUUUUAGUCCAUGUUUUGUUUUGCUAUAUAGAGCAAUAAUACACACAGUGGAGAAUAUGUUCUGAAGCAAGGAAUAGAUGAAGGGUUAGGAAAGGGAGGCAGUAAGGCCAAAAUGAACCUUUUAGAGUAUCUUCUGACUUUCAGCAUGUUAGGGGGAUUAUGAACAAAUGCCCCAUGUGGUGCAAUGCUUUAUAGCACAAUGAUCUAGAUUUCAGACUUUGUUAAGGUUUUUUUUAAUCUCGGAUGUGCACGGUGUGACUGGCAGAGUGAGUUUAAAAGCUUUCAGAGUGAUUAAUUGCAUGGCAGGCACCCACACUAACUUCGCUUCCCCAACUUGACUGCCGCACCCAUGUACGUUUCCGCUGAGGAAUGGCAGUGGGAGGGUAUUCCUCUGCACGAAGUCACGUGUAGUCAAGUCUCUGCAGUCACUUCUGAUUGAUUCACUUGCACUGUUUGGGAAAUGCAGGUUUACCAAAAUACAUGUUUGGAAUAAAAAAAAAAUGGCUGCAAACGA